AUGGAAAGAAUAUUUACACUAGCUAAAAGUCAUUUAAAACUACCAAAUACAUACGAGUUUGGAAUAGAUAAAUUAUCUAUUAAAGUUAUUAUUUUAUUAAGUAUUUUCGUUAUAUUUAUUAUAAUUAUAUCAAAUACAUCUUCAUCAAAUCGACAAUUAAUUAUAAAAAAUAUAACAAGAUCAUCAGAUAAUUUUUAUCCUUGUAUUGCUGUACUUGUUGAAUUUCGUACAGUUGAUCAUAUUGUUGCUAUUGUUCAUAAUAUUAAUCAUCAUAUUCCAUCAACAUGGCCUAUUCAAAUUUUUCAUGGAAAAGAUAAUGAAGCUUUUAUUAAAAAUUCAACAUUAGCAUCAUUAAUUAUAUCAGGAAAAAUAUUUCUUACAUAUAUGAAUGAAACUUAUGAUCGUGGUCGAACCAAUCAAUUAUUAACAGAUCCUAAAUUUUGGCAACGUAUUCGUGGUGAAAAAAUUCUUCUUUUUCAAAUUGAUUCAGCUAUGUGUUCAAAUUCUCCACAUAAAAUUACUGAUUUUCUUCAAUAUGAUUAUAUAGGCGCUCCAUGGGAUCUUUCAUUUUUUACAUUUGAUAGACAAUAUCGUGUAGGAAAUGGUGGAUUUUCAUUACGAAGUCGUAGUAAGAUACUUGCUUUACUUGCACUUAUUCCAUAUGAUUCUAAAAUACCAGAAGAUGUUUGGUAUGCACA